AUGGCCUUCAUUGAACUCCAAUCCGAAGACCACCGCGACCUCCUAGACACAUUUGGCAGGCUUCGAUCCGGAGGCAUCUGCAAACAUGUUGAGCUUCCGGAAAUUAUCGUCUGCGGAGGCCGGUCGGCGGGCAAGAGCUCCGUGCUGGAAGCCAUCUCGGGCAUUUCCUUUCUCACAGAAGAUAACGCUUGUACUCGAUUCACGACAGAGCUCGUUCUUCGCCGGCAGGACACGCCGGCUGUCAAGAUCUCCAUCAAUCCCGGCCUAGAACGAACCGCCAACGAAAAACGCCGAUCGGGCAGCUUCACCGUUCCCGUGAGCUUCGACAAGCCGGACAUCGAGACUAUAAUUGGGGAGGCGAAAGAAGCCAUGGGCCUGUCCGAGGCCAAGAUGUUCAGCUCCGACAUCCUGCGCGUCGAGCUUUGCGGACCAACGCAGCCGCAUCUCACCGUGGUAGAUCUGCCAGGCAUAUUCCGCGCGGAUGGCCAAGACCAGAAGGCUCAAGAUGCCGAAAUUGUUCGAGCACUCGUCCGGCACUACAUCAAGAGACCUCACAGUAUCAUACUAGCAGUUGUGUCUGCUGAGAACUACUCCUAUCUCGACGAUAUCACCGAGAUAGUUCGUGAACUUGACCCCAACGGUACCCGCACCUUGGGUCUCAUCACUAAGCCGGACGCUCUAGAGCCCGGGUCCGACAGAGAAGCCGUGUACGCCCAUCUCGCCAAGAACACGGAGCUAUCCUCCCAGCUUGGCUGGCACGUUCUCAAGAAUAGGGACCACAAAGUGAGGGAUGGUCCGUCUGUCGAGCGGAACGAAGACGAAGAGAGGUUCUUCUCAAGGGGCAUUUGGUCAACAGUUGACCCCAGCUACCUUGGCAUAAAGUCGCUCAUGCCAAGGCUGAGCAACAUCCUCAGGAACCAAAUUCUGCAACAAGUGCCGAGUCUCAUCCAGGACGUCGAUAGGAACAUUGACACGUGCCAGGCCCAGCUGAAGAGGUUGGGCAAGCCGCGCUCUACCAUCUCGGAGCAACGCAAAUAUUUGAUGCAAGUCAGCCGGGAGUUUUCAACUCUCAUGAAAGCUGCCGUUGAUGGCGAGUACAACGACGCAUUCUUCGGGAGCGCGAAAUCCGACGAGGGCUACCGGAAGCGCCUGAGAGCUCGCAUUCAAAAUACCCUGACCAGCUUCGAGAAGGAGAUGCGAGAAAAGGGACAGAGCCGCGUGAUUGUUGACGACUCUGGCACCCGGGACCGCAAGCUUCCAGACGACCACCAGUGGCGAUCUACCUUUGUCAACGAGGUGAUUGACGUCGUAAGACGCAGCCGCACGCGGGGCCUGCCAGGCACGUUCAAUUCCCAAGUCAUUCGGGAACUGUUCAUAGAGCAGUGCCAGCCAUGGCAGACCAUUGCAAUGAAUGUUAAGCACGAGAUUCUCGGCAUCGUCGACGAUAUCGCACAGGCCAUAGUGGACCAUGUUGCCGCCGACGAAACUACACGAGGCAUAUACCACCUCAUCAGCAAUGAAAUCGACAUUUUAAAGGCCAAUCUCGGCGGCAAGUUCCAGGAAAUCCUCAAGCAAUACGUGGGUAGUCAUCCCAUCACGUACAACAGCUACUUGAUCGACAUGGUGCAGAAGGAACAAGAAAGGCGAACGCAUGAACAAAUCGAGGAAACGGUGAAGAAGCUCGUGGGAAGCGAAAACUUUAAAGAAGAACAUCGCGUCAAGAUUCACCCGAUCAGUCUAUGCGAUUCGCUCAAGCGCAGUAUUAAUGUUGACAUGGAGCGGUCCGGGGCCGAAAUGGCGACGGACUAUAUGCUCGCAUACUACAAGCUCGCCCUGGAGAAGUUUGUAGACGACAUCAGCGUCCUGGCAGUCGAGCAGUGUCUUUUGGAGAAGCUGCCCACGCUGUUCCUGCCCGAAGCCGUCAUGGAUCUGCCAGACCACGAUGUCAGCUACUUUGUGAAAGAGAGGGAUACGGCUCCCACUGAGCGAGCUCGGUGCGCGGACAAGCUCAGGGUCCUGGAGACGGAGAGGCGUGUGCUUGCUAGACUUGAGACCCGUCGCUCACCCCGAGUCGCACAAGCCGCGGGGGAAAACCUCCCCGUCUCGAGGAUGCCACGAAGCUACACCACGGACUCGGUGACGGUGGACGAAGAACGGCCGUAUUUCCCUGAUUUCCCUCCCCCGGAUAAGCCUUUGCACUCCCCUGAUUUGCUCAUCGAUGCCGAGGUAGCUGAGGAGGUAGCUGAGCCCCCCGUGGCAGUUGAUGAGGAUGACUGGAACCUAGGCCGCGAGGCCAACUCUGCCCCUGCUGACGAUGAACCCUGCGCGCCGGAGCCGGAGCCGGAGCCGGAGCCGGAGACGUUGAUCGAGACUGCACCGGCCGGGCCCGAGCCCGAGCCCGAGCCCGCCGUGGAAGAAGCUGCACCGACAGAGGCUCCCGCAGAAGAGACUCAGCCAGCGACAGAAGCGAAUGAAGAAGACUUGUGGGGAUUCAGGGCAAAGAAGAAGGAUAAAUGGUGCGGAUCGUGGGGAGAUGCACCAGUCGCGGUGGAGGCGGAGGCUCCCGCCGUGCCACUGGAGACGGAGGAUGCCAAGUCCGACUUUGAUCAGCUCCAUGCCAUGAGCGCCAAAAAGUCAAAGAAGAAGAAGAAGAAGGGUCACGCAGCUAGGGAGGAAGCAGCCGAUCUGCCAGAAGCGGCCAUGGAAGCCGAACCCGCCGCUGUGCCCGAACCGAAGCUUGCCGAUCCGUGGGGCUGGGCGCGGUGA